UCCGCCAUGCAUGGGAGUAUUGGGAGUGAUGGGAGCUGACGAUUUGACAAAAAAAGAUGGUAGUUACUGGGGAUGAUCAUCGUGACAACGCGGAAGUAGAUGUUACAGAAAAUAUGGAUAACAGUCAGCCCAAUGGUGAACUAGUUCCAAGAACCGAACAAAAUAACGACGAGACAGAAGCGAACGCAGAGAAUAAUGAGCAGAGGCAGAAGGCACAGCAGUCGCGCUUAGAAUCGUUCUUUACCAUAACAAAAUCCUUAAUCAUACGAGCUCUUAUAAUUUAUUUUAUUAGUAGCCUCUUUAGACGUUCCGAUAAUAAUCCAAAGUCUCCCAAUGCCGUUGGCGACGCGCGUUUACAAGCUGUAAAUAUAUUUUCAAAUGGAACGUUAUUUGACCUUAGUGUUUAUCUGUCGGAGUCCGAGAACUUUAAAAGAUUUGACGAUCGGCAAUCUUUGAUUUGGUUCGAAGAGGGUCUGGUUUAUGGAGAUUGGUAUGGUGGACCGAAUCAGGAUGGAUCCAGAGUGCUCGAGCACACAUUUGUUCCUUCCGGGCGAUUAAAGCAAAAUGGCUCGAUCUACCUGCACGUAUAUAUAACAAAAAGCGGAAAGUCGCCGAAUCCCAAAGCUGGCAAAAGUGUUUACGCUGGCGACUAUGUAUCCUACUCUAGAAAAAUGUUAAAUAAAUAUAAGAAAAUUAGAUAUCAGAAAAGGCACAACCUGUUGACUGGUGAGAGCACAGCCAGCAAAGAAGAAAUGGCAAAAGCUGAAUUAAUGGAUCAGGAAUAUGUGUCGCAUUGGCAUCCAAAUUUAACUGUUAAUUUAGUGUUUGAUGAAACCAACUGGGUGUAUGGUCAAGUACCACAGCCGUUGGAUGAAUAUAUACAUUUCUUACCUGGUGGAAAUUUUUACAAGCCAAUACUGUACAUGAAUGAUUUUUGGAACAUGCAGCGGGACUAUCAACCAUUAAAUGAUACAGUAGAGCAUUUGGAACUCAGGUUGACUUACCAGCCACUCUCAUUAUUCAAAUGGCAAAUAUACGCGGCUCAGUCCGUUAGAAAUAAAUGGACGUCGUCGUUCAUGGGAGAAGCAUCUGACGACGAUGAUAACGAUCAAGAUACCCUAAAAGAGACUUUGCUUGAAACGAAUCCAUAUCUACUAGGAUUGACUAUAAUUGUAUCAAUCUUACAUAGCGUAUUUGAAUUUUUAGCAUUUAAAAACGAUAUUCAAUUCUGGAACAAUCGAAAAUCCUUGGAAGGUUUAUCGGUCCGCUCUGUGUUUUUCAAUGUAUUCCAGUCUCUUGUCGUUCUCCUUUACGUUUUGGAUAACGAGACGAACACGGUCGUGCGCAUCAGCUGCGCGAUAGGUCUUUGCAUUGAAGUGUGGAAGAUCAACAAAGUUAUAGAUAUUAAUAUUAAUAGAGAAAUGAAAGUAUUCGGAAUCUUUCCGAAAAUAUCAUUCCAAGAUAAAGGAUCGUACGUAGAGUCUUCUACGAAAGAGUAUGACAGACUUGCCUUCAAAUAUCUCUCGUGGGCACUGUACCCUCUGUUGGGAGGAUACGCAAUUUAUUCUUUAAUGUAUCUGGAACAUAAGGGAUGGUAUUCCUGGAUUCUCAGUAUGUUGUACGGAUUUCUGUUGACCUUCGGAUUCAUCAUGAUGACGCCGCAACUGUUCAUCAACUACAAAUUGAAGAGCGUCGCGCAUCUUCCAUGGCGUAUGCUGUCGUAUAAAUUCCUGAACACAUUUAUCGACGAUAUUUUUGCAUUUGUGAUAAAGAUGCCGACGCUGUACAGGAUCGGCUGCUUCCGCGACGAUAUUGUUUUCUUCAUAUUUUUGUACCAAAGAUGGAUAUACAAGACCGAUCAUACUCGAGUAAACGAGUUUGGCUUCUCCGGCGAGAUGGAGGCGCAAGUAUUAGAGAACAAGAAGCAGGCAACUAUUAAGGAUCGCCCGAAGGAUGGAUCAGCGAAGAAAAAUGAAUAAUACUUGAUGUGCAUAGAUUUAGCAUCAAGUACGUUAUAUCAUACGUUGUCCCUGAAUUAAUAAAAUGUCCGAUACCAAAGGAAUAUAAUUACACACAUUGACAUUUAUUUAUACAAAUUUCCGCAUAAUCAUGUGUGUGUACAUGUAUAUUCUAUUUUCGAAUCUACGUGCGAGCAUACUGCGAUGUAUGGCGAAAUAAGAGGCGAAGAUAGAAAUAAAUUCUUUUAUCCAAAUUUAGAAUACGCACAGAGAUAUUUGAAGGGAUUAAAAUUGUGGAUCUAUUCUUUUUUGCUGAAUUUCUUGCACAAUUUAUCUUUUCUCUUUUUUUCUCCGAUAUGAGAAAAAGAAAAGAUGCAAUCAUUCUGCUAAAAAGAACAGAUUUUGUAAAACAUGAAUAGUAUAUACAAAAAUAGCAGAGAUAGCUCUUCGUGAAUGUAUCUCGCGAUUCUCUAACAAGCUGUAAAUGUAGGUAGUAUGCUCAACACUGUUAUCAUUCGUGUAAAUGUUGAAUUGCAAAUAGACACUCGUGACUUGCCAUGAGAGCAUGGAAGAAAACGUUCUACCGAUUCGAUAAAAUCAAAUGUCGAAUAAAAAAGGGAAAACCCAAUUAGCAUCGACGAUUUCAGGCGAUGUUAGUAUUCACUUAUUAUCGAGUCGAGAUGUUGCUACGAAAUAAAAUUGAUUUAAUUAUCAUA